CUGAUCCUCCCGCAGUGGAUAAAACCAGUCACCAUGGUCACCGCCGACUCAUGAGCUCUCAUCCCACGCGUGGCACUAUGUGAAUAGUUUUUGGAGAAGUAGACAGAGGAAAAGAACUGAGAAGGAAAAGUGUGUCUGGAGCGUGUUGUUUUUUUCCCCGUUUGGACCUGUUGAUCAUCAGUGUGACACCCGGACACACCGAGCCAACCUGCCGCUCCCUGCUCUGCGCUCACCGACCAUCAAUUAUGUUAUUGUCAAGUCUUCUUCUUUUCACCUGUUCUCACCUUCUGGCGCCUCUGUUUCUCUGGUACCUGCCUCACGUCUCCGCACAGAAGCCUGGCUCCCGGUGGCUGAUCGGAGACAGAGACAGUCACUGUGGGGUCAUCUGCUCACGGACGCAGGGGAAGCCGGUGUGCGGCUCGGAUGGGCGGAGCUAUGAGACCGGCUGUGAACUGCAGAGGGCACGCUGCAAAGAUAAAACACUGACACUGUCACACCGCGGCCGGUGUCGAGGUAAAAACUGGGUGAAAAUCGAUCAGUUGCAGGUGGCUCCAGCACCGACUUCCACAUCUGAGGGGAGGGACCUGGAGCUUAAAGAUGCAGGUCAGUCCAAGUGUCGUGUUGAGAGGAACCAGGCUUUGGAACAAGCCAGGAGACCUCAGGAGUCCAUGUUUAUCCCAGAAUGCAAUGAGGAUGGAACAUUUGCCCAGGUCCAGUGCCAUACUCUGACAGGCUACUGCUGGUGUGUCACCAGUGACGGCAAGCCAGUGAGUGGCUCCUCUGUGCACAACAGGACCCCGGUGUGUUCAGGAAACUUCCGUGAAUUUAUGGGAACUCAUGCUGGGACAACUGGAUUGUCAGGGUCAGUAACCGAUAAACCACCUGGGCCACCGAACUCUGGUAGAAAAGAUGAUGGCUCCAAGCCCACACCCACCAUGGAGACUCAUGUCCCCCCUGAGGGUGACGAGAUAACUGCUCCAACGCUGUGGAUAAAACAACUUGUUUAUAAGGAGAAUAAGCAGAACAGCUCCACCUCCAGGAAACAAGAGAAAGUUCCCUCUUGUGACCAGGAGCGACAGAGCGCACUGGAGGAGGCUCGGCUGAAUCCUCGCGAGGCCAUUUUCAUCCCCGACUGCGGGCCUGGAGGCCUUUACAAACCGGUCCAGUGCCACCAGUCCACAGGCUACUGCUGGUGUGUUCUGGUGGACACGGGACGGCCCAUUCCUGGAACCUCCACCAGGUACCAGACGCCGGAGUGUGACGGUGCUGCACGAUCUCGCGUCUCCGACACAGAAGAUCCCUUCCAGGGCAGAGAUCUGACAGGCUGCCCAGAGGGGAAGAAAGUGGAAUUCAUUACAAGCUUGUUAGAUGCUCUCACUACAGACAUGGUGCAAGCCAUAAACUCACCAGCCCCCUCUGGUGGUGGGAGGUUUGUUGAGCCUGAUCCCAGUCACACUUUAGAGGAGAGGGUGGUGCACUGGUACUUCGCCCAGCUGGAUAACAACGGCAGCCAGGACAUCAACAAGAAGGAACUUAAACCGUUUAAGAGGUACCUGAAGAAGAAAGCCAAACCUAAGAAAUGCGCCCGCAAGUUCACCGACUACUGUGACCUGAAUAAGGACAGAGCCAUUUCCCUGCAGGAGCUGAAAGGCUGCCUGGGCGUCAGCAAGGAAGGCAGCUCAACGACAAGCGGCAGCCAAGGGACAAGGCAAGGGACAAAAUUGUUCAUAGGUCGUCUGGUGUGAGACAAGAAGGAUCCAGAAGCUGAGACGGGACCAGAGGGCACAGAGGGAAGCCAUCUGUACGCUUGCUGACGGGAAAGAGAAAGAUGGAGCAGAAAAAUUACGAAGUUCCUGAGUUUCAAAAAAACGAACAGAAAAACAAGAAAACGAAGCGGCGCCAAAAUAUUUGCACUUUCUCCUCCCUGUGUUUGACAUUUUAUCUGUUUGUACGUGUUUUUUUUU